AUUUUAUGCAGCUGAAAUUGCCAUAGGAUUAUUUUUUCUUCACAGUCGAGGUAUUAUAUACAGGGAUUUAAAAUUAGAUAAUGUUCUUUUGGAUCAAGAAGGGCAUAUAAAGAUUGCUGAUUUUGGUAUGUGUAAAGAAGGAAUAUCAAGUGAUCAAACAACAAAAACCUUCUGUGGCACUCCUGAUUACAUAGCUCCCGAGAUAAUUCUCUAUCAACCAUACGGAAAAUCUGUUGAUUGGUGGGCUUAUGGUGUCCUUUUAUAUGAGAUGCUUGUUGGACAGCCACCAUUUGAUGGAGAAGAUGAAGAAGAACUGUUUUCAGCCAUAACUGAUCACAAUGUCUCAUAUCCAAAGUCUCUUUCCAAAGAAGCUAAAGAGGCUUGUAAAGGAUACCUGCUGAAUUAAUCACUACCAUGCAAUCUAACUACUGUCCAUCCUUCAGCAUCUUACAAAGCUCACCUUUAAGUUUGAUGUAUAGAGAAAAUGCUACAGUUUCCCCAGCCUGGAAAGUAUUGCUAAAUAAAACUUACUAAUAAAAAUAUAUAAAACAUAUUGUACAAUAUUCCAAGCAAUGUCCUUUUCUUGUAACAACAAGCCUCAAAUUCCAUUUAAAUGUUUAAAUGUUAAAAUUUUAUAUUAUAUGUAGAGUAAUUUUGUUCCAAAUUCCAGAUGUUCUUUAGUCUAAUGGAAAUGAUUCUGUAUAAUUGAAAGUACUUGUAUUAUUAAAAGGAUUUUAAUGCUGUCUGACAGUGUGUUUACAUUAUUUGUUAUGUUCUUUGUCUUUAAAAUCAUCAGAAGAAGCACAGAUUUAAUUUUUGUCUGAGUUUAAUAAGCUUUAGCUGGGAAGCAUGCAUGUGGUAACAUAACCUACCUGAUGACCAUGCAUUGCUGAUUGACUAAAGUUCAGAAAUUUGGUGAAUGCCAGUGCAUAACAAAGCAAGAUGAAUUUGUUCAACUUUACCAUUUGCUUGGGAACAGUAUCUUGGUAUUAACACAUGCUUAAGUCCACAAAUAGUACAAAAAUCAGAGAAUACAUGUGAAGUGAAACCUAUUUCUCUAUUAGUAAUGAUAUGGAUGGGAAUACCAAAAUCAUUCACAAACUGCUAAAGAAGUUCAAUAACAAAUCAUAUGAUGGACAGACAGAGGUAUACAAACUUCAUAAUGUUGUCUAGGAAUAGUAAUAGUUUCUUAUUAUGUUAUGAAUUAAUACAAAAUAGACCAAGGAAGUUCAUACAUACAGUUUUAAAUAGUCAGUGACUAGGAGAUAUAUUAUUAAGUUCUCUUUGCAUCCAUCCAGCAAGAACUUUUGUAAAGUUGCAGCUAACAUGCUGACUGACAGAUAUGAUGUUGAAUAUAACCAGUCAUUUUUGGAAACCAAAAUUUAAUUUGGAUGAGCUAUACAGCUUUAUCCACACUAAAGUGACCUUGACAUAUCAUGAUAAUGCACAGUGAGAUAUUUUUACAUAGUCCAUGGCAUAAUGAAAAGUUGAUAAAGGAGACUUUACUACUUCAAAACUGUUGGUCAAAACAUGAUCUGACUUUGAAUAUUUCAAUGAUUUAUUAACUGCUGUUAAAAUCUGCUGCAAAUUGGGACAUUGUGACUAGAUUAGUAUUACAUGGUAUAUAAAAUAUACUUUCAAUUGCUGUAUAAAAUAUACAUGGUGCUGCAAGUUCUAAGGACUGCUAUAAUCUGAUAUAAUGUUGUGAAUAAUUUUGUUGGCUAUCCACUCACAAUGAUCUGUAAGGGCAAAACCAUUGCACUAUGGCCUUAUAUGUUGGGAUAAAAUCUCCCUUUCACCACAACUGUUAAUAAAUCUUUGAUUUUUAAGCUCUUGCACAAUGUCAUAGAGAAUUGCAUGUUCAUGACAUAAGGAACUUCACUCACAGACUUACUUCCUGGUACCUCAUUCGUUUUCAUGAUAGCAGUCUUAAUAUACCCUAAUUUGGUAGGAUCAAAGCAACAUGUAGAGGAAACUCUUUAAGAAGCAUGUUGAAUGUUCAUAACUUGGUCAUUCAUUUUAAUUUGAGUAAUAGUAAUUACUUGGCAUAUCACCAAAGUGAUCUCAAUUUUAGAUGUAUGUUUACACAUGUCAACUUCAUGAGUCUCCAAAACUUCAGAAGUGUUGGAUGAUGGUGUCACCAAUACAGAAAAUUCUUUACAGUCAUCUACUAGCACAACAUAAUUAAGAAUUAGAACACCAUUAGCUUUCAUUUUCAUUGCAUUAAAGCUGAUUACUGGUACAAUAAUGAGAACAUUGCAAAAUGGUUUAUCAUCUGUUUGAAGUAAAAAGGAGGCAUUGAUCAUUAAAAUUCUCAUUAAUGACUUCUAUGAUGAUAUGAGCGAAUAACUAACUAUUAUAAACUUAAGAGAAUAGGGAGAUUCAGAACAAGGAAGAAGGUAGAAGAUAGAAAAAAAAGGGGUACCCAAGAUUAUCGGCGGUGCUCUCGAUGCAUUAGAUCAAAAGGAUGAACCACUUUUUAAUUAAGAUGAAUAUUAGCUUAGUUCACCAAACCUCAUAUUAAGUCAAGUACACUGUCAAGUAAAAUGGUACUCUUGUACUUUCACUAUCAAGAAUCUUUCUUUCUCCAAUUCCUUUGUUUUCUCCACAAGGUGUCACCAAUGUGCUGGAGAGCUUUGUUCACAUGUCCCUUCUCAUCUGAUUUCACCAAAUAAUAAUUCUCCUGAGCUAUAGCUUGCCCUGAGGGUUGCAUACCAUCUCAUCGUUCUUAAGGGACACCUGCUGUUAAACUGUUAAGAACGAGCUGAACUUCAGUUCAGUGUUUAUCAUUUCACAGCAACAGAGAGCAACUUGGGUGUUAUUAUAAUUGUUGAAGGACUUUAUCAUCUUGAUCUUGACCUUCAAUAAGUUUUGUAUAUUCUUGUUAAUGGACCAUAACUAAAGUUGGAAGGGCAGUUUCAAGUAGGACAUCUAGACCACUAAAAGCAUCAUUACAAACAACAAACAUUUACAUGAUGUAUAUGAACUGAAUCAAUAAUUAAUUUGAUUCAUACAAUAUUGAAAGACUUAAUAGCAUCAUCUAACCACAAAAAUCACAAAUUAGCAUUGGUUUUACAGUUUUACUCAGGUGAGCUGCUAAGGCCACUUUCAUAAAAAUCAGUUGUGCCAGUAUUUAAAAGUGCAGUAACAUCUGGCUUAAUUUACAGUGAAACAUUUGGAAGAUGUGUUUGAUGUGAUAGAGGCUGUCUUUAAACAAUCUCUUGUGCCAUGACCUUCUUUUUUACAUUUAGUUCAAUACUUUUCAUGUUUAGAACUUAGACAAUCUAAGGUUAAUUAAUACUUUGUGGUUGUGUUUAAAGGAUGCAAUGCAGAGUAUUAUCUUGUUUGGUUCUAUUGUUUUGAGCAGGUGGUAGUCUUUCAGGCGUCAUUUCUGUUAUAUUACCAUUCAUUUUACUUUUAUCAUGUGUCAAUUAAGAAGUUUAUGAGAAAAGGAUCCAAAAUGAUUCUUAGCAAACUGUUCAUGAACCGUGAUAUUCUUAAGCAGCUCAUUUAUUGAAAGGUGUUGUUUAUCUAGCAUAGUUUGACUCACUUGACCAUUUCUUAGUCUGCUUAAAAUUUCAUAUUUUGUUUCAUUUACAUUAAAUCUCAAUUGAACGCAUAAGUGCUCCUUGCCUUGCAUGUAUGAAUAGACAGUUUUAUUUUUUCUUUGGAUGUGUACUUCUGUUCAUUGACACAAAUCAGCCAGAAUCUUGGUGGUCACAUAACCAUCAUUAAAUGCAGCUACCCAUGUUUGGCACUGAUUUCUGGUAGAUUUUUGCCAAUUUCUAAUGCUGUUUUUCUUGAAGCUUCUUUAAUUAUUGUAUUUCUUAAAUCAUGUAAUUUGAUAAGAGUGCUGUCAAGUUUAAGUUUAAUGUUCUGUAGACUGACAAUUGUUGUUGAUUCAUCCAUUUAAACUAGCAAUAUGUUUGAAGUAUUGCAACCAUUUGGAAACUGCUGCAAUAUCUUCUGUUCCACAAAACUGAUCUAAAUUAGCUGAAGUAUCUGCACAUAUCUGAAUUAUUGGGAUGGAAUGCCAUUGCGUUUGCCCAUUGCUACUGAUAAAUAAGAUGUAUCAUUUGUGUUAAUAAAGCUAUUGAUUAUUUUGGGAAAGACAAGGUGACAAUACAAAGUUGGGCACUUUAUUUGCCAUUUUGAAAUAACUUUUUAAAUUAUUAACUAUUUUGAAAUAACAUUUUGACACUUAUAAAUAAUUCACAAUAUUAUCUAGAACUGAUAGAAACAAGGAUACCAAUCCUUAUAAUGGUGAUUCAUUCAGAGGCAGUCUCUUAAUCAAACACAUACAUUCACACAGUUCAAUAUUAAUACAAAAUUUAGUUUUCAUGCUAGAGUUAAAACAUGCCAAAUGGGUUACAAAGAUUCUUUAUCACACAAAACACAAAAAUAAGCUCCAUAAAAUCUAUUACAAGUUCUUAAUUAACAACUUUUCCUUAUAUUUUAAACUUAAAACUAGAAAUAAAAUUGAAAUGUUAGUGAAUGAUAGACAAGUUCCUUUUAUUUCUCUUCUUAUCAGGAACUAACAUCACAGUCUACCUAAUGUGUCAUUGCAAAAAUAAAAGAUAAAGAUAUCUCUAAAAUUAUGUGGAGAUCUUUUAUCUUUGAUAUACUUAUAUCAUUUAAUAUCAAAAUGAAUGGCUUUAAAUGUUAGAUUUAAUCAAGUAUAUAUCAUUACCUGAAUAUUUA